AUGAAUGCGUCCAACAACGACGAUUUCGAGAAUCCAAUUACCUACAAGCCUAAGCAUGCCAUUAUUCAGGACCUGAUUGAUUUUAUCAAUCGGCGGACCCCGAUUAUCAAUACCCCAAAGACGAAGGCUGAAAAGCUUCCAAUCAAGACCGAUAGAUUAUUUUUGUUCAACAAAGCCAUUAAGCGCGCAAUUCAGGAUGGUGAGCAGGAAAUGGGCGCGGAGAACAUCACGAAUUUGGAUACAUAUCUCGAAUUUGCCGACAAACUCAUUGAGUGGACCCCUACCGUCACCUCCACGGGGGACGAAGUCCUGAGAAAGAUCCUUGUGUUCUACUGGCCUUUCAAUCAGCAGGAGCUCAGCGACCUUCAAACUCCAAUCGCACCCACCUUUACCGAUACCGAUUUGAGGUGGCUUUCCUAUUGGCUUGUUGCGUAUGCGCGGCGAUUGGGAGAGUACAUGUCCCAGCCUGAGUCGGUUGGAAACAUUUGGAGUUUCUACACCAGCGAGAAAUAUGGCCAAGGUCCUGGCGAUGCAGACCGAGGCAGCGAAAAGUACGACCGCGGGCAUCGCUAUGAGCAGUGGAAAGUUCCCGAUGGAGGUUGGAAAUCAUUCAAUGACUGGUUUUCACGAGAAUGGGCCGAUAUCAACAAGUCCCGCCCACUUGAUGGAGAGGGUGAUAACAAAGUCAUUGUCCAGGGCGCUGAUUCGGUAUUUAACGGUCACUGGGACAUUAACAAUGGGAUUGUUCAUAUCAAUCCGGACGAUACCAAAUCUGCCGAAGUGUCUAUCAAAAUCAAGGGUAUCGAAUGGCCCAUCAAAGACUUGGUCCGAACAAGCACUGAGGAUACAAGGUAUGACAACGGGAGCUUCACGCACGCUUUCCUCGGGCCGACCGAUUACCAUCGUCAGCAUGCCCCUGUGGAGGGCUAUGUGGUCGAAGCGAAGAACAUCCAAGAACAAGUCUACCUUCAAGUCGCCCAAUCCAUAACCAAGGAGGGCAAAACAACCAUCUCCCCCGAGCGUGAUAUUAUUGUCAGUCCCCAAGAACUUCAGCGACGAUUCGACAACACCGCGGAACUUGAGAAGAAAACCAAUUCCGACAGUCAAGAGAAUCUUCUCGCGCUCUACAGGGAGAACAAUCACCUCGAACCAAACCAGUCUGAGCAGCCUAGUGCCAACGGUCCGAAACCCGACGUUGGUAUAACUGCACCCGACCAUGCUGGCUACCAGUGGUGUCAAACUCGUGGUCUCGUUGUGAUUGACACUGACCUAGACAGCAAGGGCAAUAAAAAGCCCGAGGGAGGCCAUGGCCGCGUUGCAGUUUUGCCCAUUGGAAUGGCCCAGGUCUCUUCGGUCGUCCUCACUGUGAAAAAGGGAGAUUACCUGCAGAAGGGACAAAACAUUUCCUACUUCCAAUUCGGCGGUUCUGAUAUCGUGACUGUCUUCGAGAAACGACCUACCUAUAAGGCUGGUCUCGAAGCUGGCAAGACCAAGUUGCACAUCAGAGAACACGUGGCCGAUUGGAAGUAA